AUUGCUCCCCGCCUCUUGCUCCCUCCCUUUCGACCUCGCUUUAAACCCAAGCAAGUGACCGGCCGUCCAGACGAUGAUGCUCUUGCUGAGCCACUGACAAAGAAAAGACAAGUCACCCAUUCCCGAAACCGGGACAACUGGCUGCUUGCAAGCGGGAGAUGUCAGGCUGUUGAACUUUUCUGUCCUGUGAUGAUGCUGAAGUGAGCUUGCUGAUCUGAAAGCCAUCUCUUCUGGAUUUCUGAGCGGGCCAGAUUGAAAGAGAUUAAUGGACUGAUCAGCCAUCAGGUCUCUUCAGGGGGAUUCAUCCCUUCAGCCCCUGUCACUCGGGUGCUUGUGGUGAGGGGUCACUGGUGAAAGGCUGUGUUUCUCCUCACCCGGUCUCCUCUGCAGAGGAGAAGAGGUAGAUGAGACUCCAAGACUGUCUCCAGGACAGAACUUUGUAGUGCUCUCAGCAUCCCUCUGCAGCGUGGAUGUGAGCCACGGGAGUGGGGAUGUUUGAGGCUGUCUGUGCCAAGUGACACCUAGCAGCUGCUCCGGUGGUUUUUUUUCUUUUUUUGCGUGGUCUCACCCCACGGCUUUGCCUGUUGUGAAGAUGUCCAUGGUGUUUCUGUGAAGCUGAGGCAUGGCUGCUGGAAGGUUACUGCUCUAUGCUGGCCUCUCUUUAGCUCUGUGUGCCCUUGGCAUGCUGGCUGUGGCAAUCUGCUCUGACCAUUGGUACGAAACUGAUGCCAGGAAGCACAGAGAGAGGUGCAAGAGCAUCACCACUAAGAGAAAUGAUCCUGGCUUCAUUUAUAACUCCAACAACAACCUGCCUCUCAGGGCCAGCAGGUCUAGGUUGGACCGCUGGGAAGGGAAACUCCUCUUGGCAAGGAACAGGAGGCAGAUCUUUGCGAUGAGCGCGGUCGACGAGUGCAACAGACAGUACAACUCCACCAACAUGGGGCUCUGGAGGAAAUGCCACCGACAGGGAUUCGACCAGGAGCUGGAGGAGCUGAUUGCCAAAGGAGCAAUUGAGCGGUGCUCGUACAUCAAGUACCACUACUCGUCAGCCACCAUCCCCAAGAACCUCACCUACAACAUCACCAAGACCAUCCGCCAGGACGAGUGGCACGCCUUGCAUCUGCGCAGGAUGACAGCUGGCUUCAUGGGCAUGGCUGUGGCCAUCAUCCUCUUCGGGUGGAUUAUUGGAGUGCUGGGGUGCUGCUGGGACCGAGGCCUUAUGCAGUAUGUGGCAGGGCUUCUCUUCCUCAUGGGAGGAACCUUCUGCAUCAUUUCACUGUGCACCUGCGUGGCUGGAAUCAACUUUGAGCUGUCGCGGUACCCGCGCUACCUGUACGGACUGCCCGACGACAUCAGCCACGGCUACGGCUGGUCCAUGUUCUGUGCGUGGGGGGGCCUGGGCCUCACUCUCAUCUCUGGCUUCUUCUGCACUCUGGCCCCUUCUGUCCAACCUGUCCCCAGGACCAACUGCCCCAAAUCUAGACCUGAGAAUGGGACAGUGUGCUAAAACAAAUAGCAAAUGAAUACACACACACACAGACAUAUAUAUAUAUAUAUAUGCCUAUGUAUGCCUAUACAUGCAUAUAUAUGUAUAUAUAAUUAUAUCUAUAUAUAAAAUCUCAAGUUAAUGCCAGUGCCAAGGUAGAGCUGAGUCCAACAUGGCACUCACAUCUCCGCUGGACUCUGUGUUGCUUCAUUCUUUCUCACAGUGAUGGGAAAGCUUUUCUCUCACGUGGCUCUUCCAUCCAACUCUUAACUUCAGCAUCAUACCUUAGAGGUCAAAUGAACCUACAGUUGCACCUACCUACUGCCAUUUGGGAGGGGGAACAGGGGAUCCAUGUGGGGAAUCUGGAACCAGAAUCUGUACAGGACAUGGUGGGGGCAGAAGCGUGGGGGGGAUGACACAAAAAACGUGUCCAUUGCAGCCAGAAGGGAAAAUGCAAACAGCAAGCAAAGGAACAAACGAAGCAUUUGAGCCACUUCAACAACGUACCUCCUCAAGGCCAUAAUCAGAAACCCACCCACGUCCUUUUUCUUUCUUAAAACAAAA